GAAAAGAAAAAGGAAAAAGAAGAGACAACACAAUCGACCUUGGAACAGAAAUUAGACCGAGAAGAAGGGCCAAAUCGUAAAAUGUGACAUUCUGAUUGCUGCAUUCCUCCUCAGUCCUCCACCACUUCGAUCCCAUGUCUUCUUCUCCACCUUUCUUCUCCUCUCCUCAAGAACCCCAAUCCAAACCCCAACCGCCAAAAAUCCCAAGAAAUCGCGCAAAAAAUAUCAUCUUGGGAAGCAGUUAGUUGAGAGAGGAGGCGGGGGCGGGAUCAUGGCGUCGUCGCUGGCCGAGGAGGAGGAGGCCUUUGAGCACACGCUGCUGGUGGUACGGGAGGUGUCGGUGUACAAGAUCCCGCCGCGCACCACCAGCGGCGGCUACAAGUGCGGCGAGUGGCUGCAGUCGGACAAGAUCUGGUCGGGCCGCCUCCGCGUGGUGUCCUGCGGCGACCGCUGCGAGAUCCGGCUCGAGGACCCGGCCACGGGGGAGCUCUUCGCCGCCUGCUUCGUGCUGCCCGGGCAGAGGGAGAGCGCCGUCGAGACCGUGCUCGACUCCUCCCGCUACUUCGUGCUCCGCAUCGAGGACGGCAGGGGGAAGUACGCCUUCGUCGGGCUCGGGUUCAACGAGCGCAACGAGGCGUUCGACUUCAACGUCGCGCUGUCGGACCACGAGAAGUAUGUCAAGAGGGAGCAGGAGAAGGAGACGGGUGGCGAGGAGAUCGAAGACAGCCAGAUUGGCAUACACCCGGCCGUCAAUCGCCGGCUCAAGGAAGGUGAAACCAUUAGGAUAAAUGUGAAAAACAAGCCAACUACUGGAAGUGGCAUGCUUCAAUCUGCUGGUUUAUCUGGAGGGGCCACUGCAAAACCCAAGGCAAGCAUGCUCCUUGCGCCACCUCCAGGCGCAGCUGGGAAGCUUCGGUCUCCUCUUCCACCUCCACCUAAUGACCCUGCAGCUUCAAGGAUGAAUUCUGGACAUAAUACUGGAAUCAGGGCCCCGAAAGAACCCACCAAGAGAAACAACGAUACUUUUUCAGAUCUUUCUGCUAUAAAGCAAAGCCUACCUUCAUCGACUGAACCGGAACAAACAAAGAGCACAGGUGCUGGAUGGGCAGCAUUUUGACAAUGAUGUGGAAUCUACUGUUGAUAAUCUUUUGUCGGAAAAGGAAGAACAAGAUGUGGCUUCGACCUGUUGGAAGUCUUUUUGCAAUUAAAUAUCAAAAAUGGCCUGUCUGCCCCACUUGUUGCUCAAGAAAUAAACAUUUACAGUAGUGCUGUUAGCCAACCAAUCUCACCACAUGAAUGGACCAAGGGAGCUCUGAUAGUCAGAAUAAAACUACGACUUCCCUUGUUGUUUAUCAUAUUUGUGCUGUCAUGUUUCACAAUCAAAAUCCAGAAUCACACUGAUUUCAAUGUGUAUUUUGUGGUGAAAGGUUGGGAAUACUGCAUCAAAAGCGGCAAAGACUGUUAAUUAUAGUA